AUGGAGAGCGGUAUCAAGGUUCCCCAGGAGACCAUCCAGGCCUUCAACCAGAUGAAGCUGAAGAAGGCCUGCAAGUACAUGAUCCUCGCCAUCAAGGGCGAUGUCGUGACCGUUGCCGGUCAGGGUUCUGGUGACGUCGAGGAGCUUUACUCCAGUCUGCCCGCUGACGACUGCGCCUUCGUUCUCUACGACACCGGCCGCUACGUUGUCCUCUUCAUGUACGCCGCGCCUAACGCUCCUACCAACUCGCGCACCAUCUACUCCACCACCAAGCAGACCGUCGAGAAGGCCCUCGAGGGAUCCAAGGUGUACAAGCACCUCGUCGAGGAGAAGGACGAAGUUAUUGAGGCUCUCAAAUGCUAG